UUCAUUGCCGCGAAGUCCGGGUCUCUAUAGAAAAUUUGAACAGUAAUUGCGGAUCCAUAUUGUGUCCCUAUUUCUUGAAUGCAACUUAUCUUCAUUUUCCUCACAUUUGAGCUUUUCAAGAUACCAAUUCCCUUAUUUGAUGUCAUUGUUUUUUCCGUGGAAAUAAUUAUUUGGUUUUUGUGUAGCUUUAAUUUUCUAGCAACACAUGUCAAAAAUGGAUGGGGAUUUACUUCAUGGGACUCUACAUGUCACAGUGUACGAGGUUGAUCACAUUAGUGGCGGGAGUGCCGAUGAGAGACACUUUUUCCGGAAGAUUAUGGAGCAUGUUGAAGACACAGUUGGUAUUGGGAAAGGAACACCAAAACUAUAUGCUACCAUAGAUCUAGAGAAGGCAAGAGUUGGAAGAACCAGAAUGCUUCAAGAACCAAACAACCCCAAGUGGUAUGAAUCUUUUCACAUCUAUUGCGCCCACAUAGCCAAAAAUGUCAUAUUCACCGUCAAAGAUAACAACCCUAUCGGCGCAACCUUAAUCGGGAGAGCGUAUGUCCCCGUCCGUGAAAUCUUGGACGGGGAAGAGAUCGACCGGUGGGUCGAGAUUGUGGACGAGGACAAGAAGACUCCAAUUGAGGGAGGCUCCAAAAUCCAUGUCAAGCUUCAGUUUUUCAACGUCUCACGAGACCGAAAUUGGGGAGGUGGAAUUAGAAGUGGUAAGUACCCUGGGGUUCCAUACACCUUCUUCGGACAACGGAAAGGGUGUCGCGUCACUCUGUACCAGGAUGCACAUAUCCCCGACAAAUUUAUACCGAAAAUACCCCUCUCGGGCGGAAAGCAUUACGAACCUCAUAGAUGUUGGGAAGAUGUGUUUGAUUCAAUAAGCAAUGCGAAACACCUGAUUUACAUCACAGGAUGGUCGGUCUAUACUGAGAUUUCACUAGUGAGGGAUUCGAGAAGGGCAAAGCCAGGAGGGGAGAUGAUGUUAGGCGAGCUUCUUAAGAAGAAGGCAAGUGAAGGGGUGAGAGUUUGUAUGCUUGUUUGGGAUGACAGAACUUCUGUUGGACAACUCAAGAAGGACGGGUUAAUGGCGACCCAUGAUGAAGAAACUGCAAAUUUCUUCAAAGGAACCGAUGUGAAUUGUAUAUUGUGCCCCAGGAACCCCGACAACGGUGGGAGCUUCGUUCAGGAUUUACAGAUAUCCGCCAUGUUCACUCAUCACCAAAAGAUCGUGGUGGUGGAUCAUGAAAUGCCACCGCCAACAUCACGGAGGGGGAGGAGGAGAAUCGUUAGCUUCGUCGGCGGUCUAGAUCUGUGCGAUGGGCGAUAUGACACGCCGUUUCAUUCACUAUUCAGGACGUUAGACACCGCCCACCACGACGACUUCCACCAACCGAAUUUCACAGGCGCGUCAAUUGCGAAAGGUGGGCCUCGAGAGCCGUGGCACGACAUUCAUUCCCGUUUGGAAGGGCCAAUUGCUUGGGAUGUUCUUUAUAACUUCGAACAGAGAUGGAAAAAGCAGGGAGGGAAGGAUGUGAUUCUCAAUCUCCGAGAGCUUGACGACGUCAUAAUCCCGCCAUCUCCGGUCACUUUCCCGGACGAUCAUGACACGUGGAAUGUCCAGCUGUUUAGAUCUAUUGACGGCGGGGCAGCUUUCGGGUUCCCCGACUCGCCGGAGGAGGCUGCCAAGGCGGGUCUGGUCAGCGGGAAAGAUAACAUCAUCGAUAGAAGCAUCCAAGACGCGUACAUAAAUGCGAUUCGGCGAGCGAAGAAUUUCAUAUACAUUGAAAAUCAGUAUUUUCUUGGGAGCUCUUUCGGGUGGGAUUCGGACGGCAUUAACACUGCAGACAUUGGGGCGCUUCACCUAGUCCCUAAGGAGCUGUCAUUGAAGAUCGCGAGUAAGAUAGAAGCUGGAGAGCGGUUUGCAGUGUACGUUUUGGUGCCGAUGUGGCCGGAAGGGAUCCCGGAGAGCUCGUCGGUGCAAGCGAUAUUGGAUUGGCAGAAAAGGACAAUGCAGAUGAUGUAUAAAGAUGUUGUGGAAGCAAUGAGGGCGAAGGGGAUCACAGAGGAGGAUCCCCGGAAUUACUUGACGUUCUUCUGCGUCGGAAAUCGGGAGGCGAAGAAGAGCGGUGAGUACGAACCUACAGAAAGUCCAGAACCCGAUUCAGACUAUGCGAGGGCUCAGAAGGCUCGACGCUUCAUGAUUUAUGUUCACUCCAAAAUGAUGAUUGUUGAUGAUGAGUACAUAAUAGUGGGAUCGGCAAACAUCAACCAAAGAUCAAUGGACGGGGCAAGAGACUCAGAGAUAGCGAUGGGCGCAUACCAACCAAACCAUUUGGCGAAUAGGCAAGCUGCAAGGGGGGAUGUUCAUGGUUUCCGAAUGGGGCUGUGGUACGAGCACCUCGGCAUGCUGCACGACUCCUUCCUCCAUCCCCACACACAGGAGUGUAUUAGGAAGGUCAACGACAUUGCUGACAAAUACUGGGAUCUUUACUCCGGUGAUCGUCUCGAGCGAGACUUGCCCGGACAUCUUCUCCGCUACCCCAUCGCUGUCAGCAACGACGGCGCCAUAUCGGAGCUGCCCGGGACCGAGUUCUUCCCGGACACUAAGGCUCGUAUUCUUGGCUCUAAGGCAGACUUUGUCCCCCCUAUCCUUACUACUUAAUAGAAAAACAAGCUAGCUUAGUACAUGUUUAGAGAAUUAAUUCAGAAAAAUGUUAUUUGUAGAUAGAGUUCCUGUGCUUCAUAAGUUCACACUUAAUACAUACCUUUUCGGUGUUUGUUUUCUCGCAAUGAUAUAUCACCCAUAUUGGCUUGUAAGUAACAUAUAUCGGAGUAAUAAACUCGCAUUUGUUGGGAUGUUGUAAUUGAAUCUCUUUUAGGAGCUUCAGUUUUGUUGAAAAAUAAUACUGGUACUAUUUAAUUAAUUCAUGCUUUUCUUAUAA